CGGGGCCUCAUUUGCAAAAGGUCCUUAUUAGCCGGUGUUGGACAGGUUACUAAAUCUCUUGAUUGAAUAUGACCAUGAGAAGAACAGAAAGCGAGUCAAGAGUUAAACAGACACAGCCAUGUCACUGACAUCUGCAAAUACUGCAUAGGUCUACUCUUUCACUGAAAGCAUUAACUUAUACUUUUAUCAAUCAGUUUCUCAGUUGGGGGAUCUGGUGUUAAUGUAGCAGCAGACUAAGCUCUGAUCUGGGCUGGCUCGGUAGUUAACCCAGCACUUGGCGUAACUGUGUUUCAGUUUCCUGUCAUUUAAGUGAUUUUACAAUGCUUUCUUGAUCGGACACUUGAGGAGUAUUUUUGAUCUGUAAAAACAAACUUCAUUGCUAUCAUUCCAGGGACUAGCUGUUAUCUCUUUUGUUUUAGUCCUUUAUCAGUUUAAAGGGGGCGGGACAGUGGUGUAGUGGUUAGCGCUGUUGCCUCACAGCCAGAGUGGCUUACAGUUGUUACAAGAUAUCAAAUAAUUUUUACUCACCAAUUGUUGUAUCCAUUUUAUGCAUUUUUUUUUUUUUUUUUACUGGAGCAAUCUAGGUAAAGUACCUUUGCUCAAGGGUACAGCAGCAGCCGUCUCAUCCACCUGGGAUUUGAACACAACUCUCUGGCCUAGAGCCCUUUUUUUCAUACAAUCAGCGAAGAAAAAUGGUAGUAAUUUAAAUUUUAUGUGUGCCCUAUAAAUGGUAAAGCGGAAGAACUGGGUCAACAUAAUUUUACCAUGGAAAAUAGUUUCAAUUAAUCUUGAAAGACUGGUUGUAAGUAAAAGCAAAACAACAGCUUCUGACAAACAGGUUUAUUUAUUUUUCACACUUCAGAAAGUGCAUCGAGUCACAGAGACAUUCCGCUUCUUUUCCUAAACUCAAGACAAGCAUCCACAAGUAGAGGGAAAUGGAGACAGUGGGGAAAUUUGAGUACAGCAUGAAAGAUGUCCUAGGACAAGGUGCAUUUGGUAUGGUAUUUAAGGGAAGGCACAAAGAGAAAAACGGUGAAGUUGCCAUCAAAUGUAUACACACGAAAAACCUCUCUUUUGAUCAAACUUACUGGACACAGUUAGACAGGGAGAUACAGAUUUUAAAGGGGCUGAAACAUGACAAUUUUGUGAGAUUGUAUGAUUUCCAGAAAACAUCUAGUUGUGUCUAUCUGGUGAUGGAGUAUUGCAAUGGAGGGGAUCUGGCAGACUACCUGAAAUCCAAAGGGCCCCUAAAUGAGGACACAAUCCGUCUGUUCCUGCAGCAGAUCACAUCUGCCAUGAAGGUGCUGCAGAGCAAGGGAGUCAUCCACCGAGACCUCAAACCACAGAACAUCCUGCUGGCCCUUACAGGAGGGGACAAAUCCAACCCCAGAAACAUUCGCUUGAAGAUUGCCGACUUUGGGUUAGCCAGAUUCCAGCCAACCAAUAUGAUGGCACUUACAAUGUGUGGUACUCCUCUGUACAUGGCUCCUGAAGUUAUAAUGGCAAAGACCUAUGAUGCAAAAGUUGAUCUAUGGAGUAUAGGAAUCAUAGUGUACCAAUGUCUGACUGGCCAGGUCCCAUUUCAGGCUAGCAACCCUCAAGAGCUCUGUCGCCUCUUUGAGAAACACAAGACUCCCAACAUCCCACAGGGGAUCUCCACUCACUUGCGCCACCUACUGUGCGGGCUGUUGCAGUGCAAUCCUAAAGAUCGCAUUGAAUUUGAUACAUUUUUCAGACACCCAUUCCUCGGAGUGAGCUCACCCAAGAAAAAUUCAAAAGAAGCUGCCAUUCAAAGUCGACAGGCUCCAGAGCCAAAGACCAGAGCUGACUUUUUAAAAUAUUACUGUCAGCUCACACUGGACCCCAACACAGCACAUAGAGAGCUCUGUCUGUCUGAAGGGAACAGAAAGGUAACACGACGGAGAGAGGUCCAGCCAUAUCCUGAUCACCCAGAUAGAUUUGACAUAUUGUACCAAGUGCUUUGCAAAGAGGGUUUGUCUGGGUCUCCCUGCUACUGGGAGAUUGAGUGGAGUGGCAGGGAGGGGGUAGAUAUAGGAGUCGCAUAUAAAGGAAUCGACCCGAAAGGAGAGGACAUUUCCUUUCAGCUUGGACACAAUAACAAGUCCUGGAAAUUGUUCUGCUGUGAUUCCAGGUACUCUGCCUGGCAGAAUAACAAUGCAUCUGAAGUAAAAUUAUUCUGCUCCCCCAGAAUAGGGGUGUAUCUGGACUUUACUGCUGGCACGCUAUCAUUUUAUGGAGUCUCUGGAGACAAAAUGACCCCCCUGCACAGAUUCCAAACCACAUUUACUGAGAAACUCUAUCCUGGGUUUUAUAUUUAUUCUGAUUCCAGUGUAAGAGUCUGCAAGCUGAAGUAGCCAUCUGUUUAGUGUUUGAAUGAAGAGGUUCAUUUCUGAGUGAAUUUCUGUUGACUUUCUUUUUUCUGCAUAGCAAUGGCUUUCAGUGGAAGGUUGCUGGACUCUCAAGCUUAGUAAAACUGUCUCCCACAAUAAGAAUGUGUACUCACUUCCACAGCAUCUUCUUAUCACAAGGACUGGUGUCAGCUAGUUUGUAACUUAUCUUGAGGAAGAAGUUUUGAAGUCACAACACUCUUUGUCUUGCAGAACUUUCUGUUCAAACCUGUGAUGUGCUUUUAGUACACACCUAUUCUUUGCUUAGUAUCACCACUAACAUGUUUAUAUGUGCUUGUAUUUGUAGUCAGCUUUAAGACAGUUUGUACACUGUUCUUCCCUGGUGCAUUGAAUAAAGUACUUUGUAGUUGGUAACCUGCCUGGGGUCCUGAGUCUCUUUGAGUAGCGGAGAAGAAAUCCACUACAUUGAAGAAACUUUCAUUUUUCUCUUUCUGUUUUUUUAAAACGGGUGGCGUGGUGGUUAGCGCUGCUGCCUCACAGUGCCAGGGUCCUAGGUUCGAUUCUUGCCUAGGGAUCUGUCUGUGUGGAGUUUGCAUGUUCUCCCAAUGUGUUCACAUUGUGGGUUUUCUCCAGGUACUCCAGUUUCCUCCCACAGUCCAAAGACAUGCUGUUCAGAUUGAUUGGUCACUCUAAAUUGCCCUCUGUGUGUGUGUGUGUGUGUGUGUGUGUGUGUGAGGGACCCUCUGUGGCUGCUGGUUGAUAAUAUUGAGAUAUCAAUAUGUUUAUAUUGUAAUGAUAUUUUAUUUUAAAUGUAAGUAGGAAUAUAUUAUUAUUGCUAUUACACUGGCAUACAAAUACAUUUGCAGGCUGAUUUAAUACCAAUAUCAAUGUGGUGCUAAUAUGUUGAUCUCGUAUUAUCAUUGUAUUUACAGUUACAAAAUAAAUAGUAAUAUCAUCAUAUCAAAAUAGUCAAAAUGAAAUAAAAUCAAAAUAAAACACAAACUACAAAUAAGUAUAACCCUAAUCCAUAAUAGUUUGGGCUGAGAAAGUAAAAUAUGUCUCAAUAGAAUAUAAAAAUCAAUACACUAAUGGAUCUAAUGUGAAACGAUCUAAUAUUUUAAAUAGACACAUUGAAUAUCCUGGUGAAUCCUUAUCGUCUAGGGUAGCUACAAAGAAAUGGUUCAAACCCUUACCUGCUUCC